CAAAAAAAAAUUGGAGUCCUAAAUCAAAACUACGUCGUUUCUCUUAACUUUGCCUCCAUUGUUUUUCAUACCCUUUUGAAAUCACCUCCAUUUCCAUCUCCUACUCAUGGCCCGAUUCCUUCCCCGCCUGCGCCCGCUGCAAUCUCCGCUAUUUCCUUGCCAGCUACUCCUUUAUCGUGGCCGCCGCUUGUGCCCUAUCCCUCCUCAUCGCCCCGUUCUCUCUCGCCCUCCUCUGCAUCAUCAUUGCACUCUGGAUCCUCCUCUACUUGUUCACAAAAGAUUGUUUGGUGUUGUGGGGCCAUAGCAUAAGCGAUCGGUGGAUGUGGCGAUGAUGUUUUCUUGUUUCCCGUUUUUUAUUCCUCCCAUUUCUUGAAAUUCCUUCUUACUUUUCGGCAUCGCACGGUAAAUGAGAUGGAAAUUUGACUUUUUUAGGUCGGUAUAGAUGUGGUAUAGAUGUGCCGAGAUCAGUUCUUGUUCUAGGCUCUGGUAGCUCCUAAUUGAGUGUGUUGUGCGGCAUGGUGGAGAAUUUGGUCAUCAGGUUCGGUGUUGGAUGCUUAGUUUGUGGGGUUCACGCAGUUUUCAGGAACUUUGAUGGACUGUACUUAGAAGACAAUGAUGCCGUUUGCUAUGGUUUGGUACGUUGUUCUGGAUCUUCAAGAAUUGGAGGAGUCAAGGAGGUGAGGGAGAUGGAGACGAUUCCAGAAGGGGCAAAAACAGUAGGCGAGGGAGAUGGAGAUGGAGAUGAUUCUAGAAGGCUCGGAGGAGUUGAGGAGGCGAGGGAGAUAGAAAUGGAGUGGUACAUACAUGUCAUGCAGUUGUUUGUGUUUGUGCUCAGGAGGGCCUUGUCAGACUACUCUGAUAAUCAAUUUGAAGACUAUCAGCCAGGUUGUAUGUGGGGUAUACGCCAUGUCCUUGAUUACCAUUAUUGGUAUAAAGCCAAGAAUAUGCUUCCAUAUAGAAAAUACCAGAAAGGAAGGCAUAUCAGAAGUUGUGCAAAUCCAAAAACAAUUUCUAUAGAACAUGAACCUCCUGAAAAUGACUUGGAACUGCUAGAUCCUGAAGAAGACAGCUUUCAAGUUGAACAACAGUUAGAAAUUAGCAAAACCAACAAAAAAUCUAUAGAUAAAGAGAAGCAAGAGGAAGAGAACAAGAAUCGGAUUGUGGAUUUUUCUGUGCAAUCACAGCUACAGCAAACUGAUUCAAUCCAUGGUUUGGAACCUUCAGGGUAUGGUCCUGGUUGGAUGAAUCAAUUAAUUCUAAUUCACAAAAGAGCUAACACCUCUAGCACUGGAUUGCGCAAUUCAUCUCUACCAGAGAACUCUGAUAAACUGGUUACAAGAAGCAAGAGGACCGAUUUCUUUGACAGAAUGAAUUCAACAAAUAAGAAGCAGAUGCAUUCUCUCUUUCAGGAAAAGUCUGAUCAAGUAAAGGAAAACACAAUAAAUCAGAAGCUGAAUGCUGAGAGGCUCAAUGGUGAAGUUUCGAGUAAUCAGGUUAGGGAGUAUAUGGAUGUUCUUGAGAUAAUAAAGGCGAAAAAGGAGUUAUUCUUUGACAUUCUGCAAGAUCCAGAUGAUAGAAGUAGAAAAUUGAAGAAAUCAGGGUCAUUCCCUUUGUUUGAUUCGUCACACAAUAGAUGUCUUAAGCCUCUUACACUUGAAAACAAGCAGAAGGAAAUUUGGUCAUUCUCAAAAGCUGAAAGAUUGCUUGAUGACACUCAAGUGUCAAUGUCAAAGGCUUUGAAAACUGAUGACACUAAUGGUAUUGAAAAUACCAUAACACAAGAAACAAAUUUUUCAUCUCUGGGAUCUAGUCAUCAAAGGUGGGAUCGAUUAGUUGUGAACUGUUUCAAAGAUAUCAAGCAGAGAAUAAAGCAUGCACUGAAGAAGAAGGGAAGGAGGACUUACCAAAAAGACACGAAAGAACUUUCCAUUGAUGGGAAAGAGCUGUCUAGAACUUCAGGAAAUACUAGCAUGAGCCAAGAUGGUAUGAAAAGUCUUGGAAAUUAUAAUGAGGUUAGUGCUUCAGAUCAUGAUAUUAGCAAUAAUGGACUUCCUUUCAUGAGAAGAACAAACUCUAUAAAUGAGUCACUGGAUAGAUAUGCUCAAUUAUUCCACCAUAGUUUCAGCAAAGAGCCCACUUUGCGUCACUCUAGAAGCUUAAGAUUAAGCAAUGAAGAUAAACUUCUAUUGAGAGAGCGUGUUCCAAAAUUCUUCAGAAGGAUUUCCUCUCUGUCUGAUCUUGAGUCUAUUUGUUCCAUUCUAAAAGAGUUAUCUCGCGAAGCACUUUCUUCAGAGAUGCCUAUUAGAUCUGCUUCAGAUUGUGCUGCAAACAAUGAAAGUGAGGCAAAUAAACUUGUAUCACAAGAAGUUGCUGCAGAAACAAAGUUUCAGGAAAAUUUGAUUGAAGAACAUGAGCAUGGGAGAGAGCUUUCACAGCCAAGUUUACAUUCAUCAGUUCUUGAUGCAUCUCCUCCAGAUGAUCUAACCAGCCAUGCUGAGUAUCCAGUCUUGGAAGGUUUAGAAUUGAAUCCUGCGGAUUCUCACAUGGAUGAGGCUGCAGGCACAUCUUUCGUGAUACAGGACCACUGCAGUGAAGUUUCUUCCGCCGACGUCUGCAACGCAGUAAAUGACAAGAGUGUUGAAACUGAAGGCAUCAACGAUUACUCAUUCCAUUCGGUAUCGGAUAAAGAGAGUGAUGCUUGCUUCAACUAUGUAAGAGAUGUUCUUGAGCUCUCAGGCUUCAUGGAAUAUGACAUCCACAGAACAUGGUACUUACCAGACCAGCCAUUAAACCCUUCACUGUUCAAAGAAUUGGAGUCUUGUUUGCACCGGGGACCUGAAUACUCCAUUGAGGAGGAUGGAAGCAACUGCCAUCACUGGCUUGUAUUUGAUCUGGUUAAUGAGGCACUAAUUGAGAUCUCCCAUGGAUCAGCAGUGUAUUUCCCAAAGGCCUUCUCUUUCAGCUCCCACAUAUGUCAAUCACCUAAGGGGCACAAUAUUCUUCAGGAAGUAUGGGCAAAAGUUAGCAGGGUCCUGGAGUUCAUACCAGACCCAGACCAGUCACUGGAUGACAUUGUUUCCAGAGAUUUGAAAAAAGAUCCAUAUAUGAACCUUCAACCGGAGGCUGAAUGUGUGGCGCUUGACCUAGAAGAUUUGAUCUUUGAUGAGCUUUUAGACGAGGCACUACUCUGCUUGUAGCAUACAAAAAGGAACAUCCUUUUCAGCUCAAGUGGUGUAAGAGAACAGCGUCAACUACAUUCACUAGAACAUGGUCCGUACUUUUAACAGCACCAGAGCAUGGGCCUUACUGGACAUGUAGUAGAAGAGCUCCACAUAUGCUGGAAUAAAAUAAUAUCUGUGUCCUUACUAGACAAUAUAUGGUUUUCAGCUCGUUAGUAUUUUUUAGGAUAAAUAGGUUGCCCUUAA